AUGCCUCGACUCGUUCGUAUGCAUUUAGUUUUCGCAGAAGUAAGACGUCAAGAAAUAGUAGUCCUACGAGGUCUUAGACGUGAAAGGUUAUCUAGAGACCGAACCAACCCACUUGAUAUUUAUGAUGAUGUUGACUUAUAUCAAAAGUUUCUUCGAACUUCUUGUUUCUAUUUGGAAAAUUUGCUGAAAACAGAUUUACAACCAAAAUCAAAUCAAAGUUUUUGUGUUCCGCCAAUCUAUCAAGUAUUAUGCGCACUUCGAUUUUAUGCAACAGGAUCUUUCCAGAUUGUGAUUGGUGAUUCUACAGCAGCUUUAAGUCAACCAACUAUUUCUAGAAUUAUUCGCCGAGUUUCUUUGAAAUUUCCAAGAAUAACUGGAUUAAUAGACGGCACGCACGUUUGCAUACAAAAACCUCGCGAGCACGAAUAUGUUUAUGUCAAUAGAUCAUCAAAUCAUUUGAUCAAUGUCCAAGCGGUGUGUGGUUAUAACGGAGAGUUCAUUGAUAUUGUUGCAAAAUGGCAUGAAAGCACACAUAACGCAAGAAUUUUAAGAGAAUCAAAGCUUGGUAAAAAAAUGAUAGAUGAUCUUAAAGGUUUAUUACUGGGCGAUUCCGGAUAUCCAUGUUUUCGUUGGUUGCUUACGCCGUAUCUUAGUCCAACUACAGCAGCUCAGCGUUGA